UGAAACCUCACUCUCUCAGCUGAACCUCACUCUGCUGAAGCCUCACUCCCGGAGCUGUCCUCGGUGCUGAACCUCACUCCCUGGGGGACUUGGAGAUGCUCAGUUCCCCCACCAGCCUCCUCAGAGACUAACUACACAAGACGUCACCAUGCCGUCACUCUCUCAGACCUGCACAACAGCCAAGCCUCUCCUCAUCUGCUCAGCCAGCCUCCUCCUGAUUCUUCUCCUCUCUUCCUCCGGCAUCGACGGGGCCACUCUCAGAGAGCACAGGCUGCGGGGAAGCGAACCCGAAUCCCUGCGAGGAAAUGUCCAUCCAGCACCUAAUACAGAUAUGCUGAAAGCCUUGAAGUACAUCGAGAGUCUCCACCAAAGAUCUAGUGUGGUCCCUCAGCAGCACGAUGCCAGCCACAUGGACGACACCGAGAACCUGCAUGCGAUGCUGAGACUGGCUUCCAACCCCGUUCAGAGCCAAGACCAGGAGGAGCAGGAGGAAGAGGGGAGGGAGGAUAAGAGCGAGGAGCUCCUCCAGGCCGUGCUCAGCACCCUCCAGCAGACGGAGAAAGCCGCCAGGCCGCCUCAGCUUCGCCCGAGUGCCGACGGAACAGGCACGAACCCCGGCACCUACAGGGUGCAGCAGAAGGAGCACAGCAUCAUACCCCACAGGAAGCUGCCCCUGAUGUUUGAGGAUGAGGAAGAAGGUGAAGGAGGGGAGGACUACGACGAGGAGGCACCCUGGCAGGCCGCCCCCUUCAAGCGCACCAAUGAGAAUGUGGAGGAGAAAUACACCCCUCAGAAUCUGGCCACGCUGCAGUCGGUGUUUGAUGAACUGGACAAGAUGACAGGGACGAAGAUCACAACUAAACGCCAAGAUGAGGAGGAUGACAUGGAGGACGACGACAUGGAACAAGAUGAAGAUGUGUUCAAUGAGAGGAACGCAGAUUAUGAUGGCAUGGGUGAGGAUGUUGCAGACUGGGGUCCAGAAGAACAGGAAGAGGAGGAAGAGGAAGAGGAGGAGGAACAGGGAAACAGGCAGGAAACUGAUAGAGGUCUCGAUUAUAUUGAUGACAGUGAUGAUGAAGAGGCUGAUGAAGAAGAGGAUGAGAAUGACGAGGAAGAAGAAAAAGGUUACCCAGUUAAAAGGUCAAGUGAUACGGAUGAUGUAGCCAACUUGGUGGACUAUUACCUCCUGAAAGUACUGGAGAAAACGGAAGAAAGAGAGCAGAAACGAGAGUUAGAGGAGGAAGAGGAGAGAGCAGAGAGGAGGGUGUCUCCGACUCAGUAUGGAGAGAACAUAGAUCCCCGGGUCGUCUAUCAGCUUUUGGCUAUCUCCCAGAAAUACCAGAUCCCACCCGAAGACCUGAUAGACAUGUUGAAAACUGGAGGCAACGGGAAUCAAGACAAGCUGCAACAGAGCAACACAUUCUCCAGAGCAGGAAGCCGGCUCCCGCAGACAUCCCCAAAGAAGGCACACAGGAUUCCCGAAGCUAAAUUCUCCAACACACAACCGCUUUACGGGCGAAAGAGCCCAGAAGAGCUGAGGACGGAAGAGAUCCUGAAAAUCCUGGGGAUGGAAGGCUCGGAGGAUCCGGCUCCCACCAGGAAGCAGAGGCAGCGCCAGAGCUCGCCGUCACGACCUCGCCCUCAGCCUGCUGGGCGGCCGGGGGAAUCCACUCCCACGCAGCAGCGCCUUCCCAGCACCUUCAGAGACGACUAUGACGACACCACGGACCAGGAUGAAUUGGCGACUUAUUUGGCAGCUCAGAUUCUGGCACGGUAUCCCAAAUCUGCAUUUAGCAACAGCAAGGUGAGCCAAACGCAGGGGGAAGCUGGACAGAGCGUGACAGGCUCCUUUGGAAAGGCAGUGGAGGAAUAUCUUGACCUCAUGGACUCUGAUAGACACCCAAAUGAAAACAGACGGUUUGAAAAUGAGGAGAAGGACGGAGAGACACAAACACAGGGCUUUGAGAAUGAGGCUGUGAUGAAACUGCUGAGCUACCUGAACCCAGAAAUGGAAGAGAGCGGAGCCAAAACUACCAAAAGAGUAUAAAUGAGAUACGUGUGUGUGAGUGUGUGCGUGUGUGUGUAUAUGUAUAUAUAUGUAUAUGUAUAUAUAUGUAUAUGUAUAUAUAUGUAUAUGUUUAUAUACAUAUACAUAUAUAUGUGUAUAUAUGUGUGUAUGUGUGUAUAUAUAUAGUUUUGGCAGAGGGAAAUAAAGUGCAUAUAAAGAAAAUAAAGUAUUUUACUGAAUAAAACAUGCUGUCAACUUUAGUUACUAGGUUUACAAAAACUUCUAUUUAUUAGCAGAAAUGUGUACUCAGACAUUACUCAGACAACACGUUAAGGUACAUGUGUCUCACCAGCCUUUCAUUUCAGUAAAAACACAGAAAUAGACACAAAAUCAAAUCCAGUGUUGGAUCCCUUCAAUUCACUUGUGUUUUUUGGUAAUUAUUUCAUAAAUGUGGUACUGUGUGAUAAUCCUGAGUUUAAUAAAGCAUUGACUUUA